AUGGCUUCCGUCAGAGGCACGGCGGAACCCCCUCUCAAACUCAUGGACCUGCCUCGUGUUCAUGAGGAAGAAAAUGCACACGGCAGGGAAGACAUGACUACCUUGGCAGAUGCCCUUCGAGGGCAUAAACCAAACCCUUGGGGUCCUGGAUACCUUCGCCUGUAUGGUAUAUGUGGGCUGCUCUACCUAUGUUCGACAAUGAAUGGUUUUGACGGCCAAUUGAUGGGAUCUAUCAACGCCAUGAAGAGUUUCACCGACUAUUACAACCUCCCGUCUGAAGGCAGCAGUGCAACUGGCAUAGUCUUUGCCAUCUUCCAGGUUGGCCAGAUGGCUGGAGCUCUCUUCACCUGGGUGGCAGAUUGGCGAGGCAGGCGAGUUCCGAUCUUCGGGGGAUGUCUUCUCACCUGCGUGGGAGCAGUUAUAACAGCCACUUCGCCGACACUGAGUGGAUUCAUCGGUGGCAGAUUUCUUCUUUCGUUUGGGGCCACCGUCGCCACAGUCGCCGCCCCAAUGUAUCUGAUAGAAAUUGUUCCGCCGCAAUACCGGGGAACCAUCGCGGGUCUGUACAACACGCUCUAUUACCUCGGUGCCAUCAUCGCCACUUGUGCCGUAUACGGCUCAAAUCUCCAUCUCCUCGACAAGGGAACUAUAGCUUGGAGAUUGUCAUUGUGGCUGCAGAUGAUCUGUCCAGGCACAGUCUGCUUGGGCGUGUUUUUCUGUCCCGAGUCACCAAGAUGGUUGAUCGGCGCUGAAGAAUACGAGGAGGCUCGCCGAAUAAUCAUCGACCUCCACACCAAUGGCAACCUUGAUCACCCUCUCGUGGAACUGGAGAUGAAGGAGAUGGUGCAGUCCCUGGCAGAAGUCAACCCUCUGACCUGGCGUAAUUUUCUGGACUUCCGGACCUUGUUCAACAGUCGAUCACGUCGUUAUCGUAUGAUGCUAAACAUUUCGUUCAGCUGGUUUGGUCAAUUCUCAGGCAACAACGUGGCGAGCUACUAUCUCCCUUACCUCGUCGCCAACGUCGGCAUUACAAGCACCAACACCCAACUCCUGCUCAACGUGGUCUACGCCGUCAGUGGCUGGAUACCGGCCAUGAUUGGCGCACGGCUCCAUGAUGUGGUCGGACGUCGCAAGAUGCUGAUGGGUGUGACGCUUGGCAUGUCCAUCUGCCUUGCUAUCACCGCUGGGACCGCCUCUGGAUACGUCCACACGGGGAGCAGAAUCAGUUCGUCGGCUUCGAUCGCCUUCAUCUACAUCUUUGGCGCCAUAUUUGCUCUGGCCAUGACAUCCAUGCAACCCAUCUAUCCGGCCGAAGUCCUGUCCAACGAAAUGCGUGCCAAAGGAAUGACAAUAUAUCAACUGACGGCGGGAGUGGCAAGCUUUGUCAACACCUUUGCGGCGCCAGUCGCUCUGAAGAAUAUCAAGUUUUGGUUCUACGCCUUCUUUGCCUUUUGGGAUCUCUUUGAAUUCUGUUUCAUUUACCUCUUUUACGUCGAGACCAAAGGCCGCACACUGGAAGAGCUUGACGAUAUCUUUGAAGCGCGCAAUCCACGAAAAGCGAGCAUUGCGAAGAUUCCGGUGAAGAGGAUCCGAGUUUCGGAGCUGGAUCACGGGAAGGUGGGUAACGAAGCCUGA